AUGCCCGAGGGGCUUCCGCUAGAUUAUGACCAAGCGCUAAAUGGGACGAUGGCAGCCUAUGCGCAACAGAUAGUCAUAUGUACGGGACAAAGAGAUUGGACAAGUCGCAUUGAAGAUGAUGGGAAGGACCAAAGCUGGGGAGAGCUUGUCAGGGGUUUGAAGGGCCUAAUGGGCCGGGGGGGCAUAUACGCGGAUCCGUUCAAUAAUAUUAUGAUUUCCAAUUCUUCUUUGUCGCCCUCUCCCAGCUCUCCUCCCUCUGCCAACACCGCCUCGGCCUUCCUCUUCCCUAGCUUCAAAUACUUCCCUUCGAUCCCUGUCCAGGCCCCAGAACCAUCGAAUACAAUCCCUGACCUCUCGACAUUCGUAGAGGCGUUUCUUCUCCCUACAAGACUCAGCGCAAUGGCUGAGUCCCUCCCCGAAUCCCGACAGCAUGAUCUACUCCGCAAGCCCGAGUUAGCAUCUAAAUUCCCAGACGCGGUCGAGCUACACCACUCCCCAGUCAUCCUGAUAUGUGGUCAUGGCGGCCGGGACAUGCGAUGCGGGGUGAUGGCGCCAGUUCUAGAAAAGCAGUUUCAGGAGGUUUUAGAAGCUAGGGGAAUAUUCACAUCUCCCGGCACGGACGAAGGCGUCGUUGAUAGUCCCGAUCGUGCUUAUAUCGGACUAAUCAGUCAUAUCGGCGGACACAAAUAUGCUGGUAACGUCAUUGUAUAUAUCCCUAACGGCAUGAAGUAUGGAGAUUCGACUGUUCCUCAUCCGCUGGCGGGCAAGGGUAUCUGGUAUGGACGUAUCGAGCCAAGGCAUGUUGAAGGCAUUGUGGAGGAGACCAUAUUGAAUGGAAGGGUGGUAUCGGAUCACUUUAGAGGAGGGAUAGACCAAGAUGGGACUAUUUUGCGAUUAUAG